GAGCUUUCUUCCAGUUUUCCAUAUUCAGAACAGAUCUGAAAGGGCGUUACAGGACCAGCAGCCCCACUUGGCCAGUCCUGGCUUAGCUUUGCAUCCAUCAAAAAGUAUGGCAAAGGAGUAUGUUAGGGGAAUUGAUGAGGGAGUGUAGGAUAAACAUGGGAGGAUCAGGUUGGGAAAGAGAGAAGCACCAGCCAAGAAAUUCUCCUAGAAAGGAGACUCUCCAUCCAUCCAGACUGCAAGUAUGGUGUACAGAUGAGCAGCAUUGGCCUUACCAGGGGGUUCAUUAGAAAGGCAGAAUCUCAGAUCUCCUGAAUCAGAAACUACAUUUAUACAUUAUCUGGAAAAUUAAUGGGCAAGUUAAAAUUUGGGGAGUGCUGUUCUUCCUGAUAAUACACAGAAGAAGCCCAUCUCCUGAGCUUAAAUAGGCACUUCUACAGAUAGGAGUUUGCCCUUCAGACCAUGGACUCUGGGUACAUGCAGCCCAAACUGGGAGCAUUGAAGGAAAUGUACUGAUGAGGGAGGUGAAAUCUUGGAGGAAUGCUGAAUUUGAAGCUGAAGCCAGUAUCUCUAGCCUAUUGCAAAGACUACAGCUUACCCCAGGAGCCAGUGACCUUUGAGGAUGUGGCUGUGUACUUCACCCAGAACCAGUGGGCCAGCCUGGCCCCUGCACAGAGGGCCCUGUACAGGGAGGUGAUGCUGGAGAAUUAUGUAAACCUAACUUCCUUGGCAGCAUUUCCAUUCUCCAAACCAGAUCUGAUAUUCCAGCUGGAGCGAGGGGAGGCACCACGGGGCCUAGAUCCCUGGACACCCGUCGGGGGAGAGGCCCUGAGAGGUGUCUGCACAGGUGGUAAAACCAAGACUGAGAAUGGAGGGCAAACUCCAGAGCCGAACAUUUAUAAAGGACCAGAGUCACACAGACUAAUAACAGAGGCACUGCUGGUGGGUGUUCCCCCUCACUUUGAGAACAGCUUAGAAAAGCUGCAGGUGUAUAACAAAGGGAAGAAAACAAACUCAAAGAAUGGCAGUCUCACAGCUUUGCCAGUCCAGGAUCAUACAUCCUCCACUGUUGAAAGAGAGGGGGGAGCCAGACAACUGGAAGGAAGCUGUGGUGUCCACACACAUCUCAUUACAAAGCAGGGCCUCUCCAGAGAACGGGUAUUUUAUAAAUGUGGUGGGUGUGGCAGAUAUUUCAAUCAACAUUCAGACCUUUACCAGCAUCAGAGAAUUCACAUGGACAAGAAGCCUUACAAAUGUAAAGAAUGUGGGAAAGCCUUCAGCUACAACUCAAAACUAUCACGGCAUCAGAAAAUCCACACUGGGGAAAAACCAUACUCAUGCCAGCAGUGUGGACAAGCCUUCAGUCAAAACUCCCACGUCCUUCAGCAUCAGAAACUCCAUGUGGGAGAGAAGCCCUAUGCAUGUAAGGAGUGUGGGAAAACCUUCAGCUACAACUCAAAACUUAUCAGGCAUCAGCGAAUCCACACUGGUGAAAAACCCUUUAAAUGUAAGGAGUGUGGGAAGGCUUUCCGGUGUAGCUAUGACUGUAUUAUCCAUGAGCGAAUCCACACUGGCGAGAAGCCCUACGAGUGUAAGGAGUGUGGGAAAAACUUCAGUUCAAAUUCAGUCCUGAUUCAGCAUCAGAGAAUCCACACUGGGGAGAAACCUUAUGAGUGUAAAGAGUGUGGCAAGGCCUUCCACCGGAGCUCAGCCUUCCUGCAGCACCAGAGGUUCCACACUGGGGAAAAACUCUAUAAAUGUAAUGAAUGUUGGAAAACUUUCAGUUGUAGCUCACGCCUUACAGUACAUCAGAGAAUCCACACAGGGGAGAGACCUCAUGAAUGCCAGGAGUGUGGGAAGGCCUUCAAUCAGAAAAUCACCCUGCUUCAGCACCAGCGAGUUCACACUGGGGAGAAACCUUAUGAAUGUAGGGUGUGCGGGAAAUCCUUCAAAUGGAGUGCAAGUUUCAUUCAGCAUCAGAAACUGCACAGUAGGAAGAAACCCGCCCAAUGUAGGAAAUGUGGGAGAGGUCUGAGUUCAGAUGCAGGUUUGAUUCAUCAUGAGAGAAUCCACACUGGAGAAAAGCUCUUCGAGUGUCAGGAGUUUGGUAAGGCCUUCAAAAGCAGCUCCAUCUUCCUCCAGCACCAGAGGUUCCACACCCAGGAGAAACCCCAUGAAUGCAAUGAAUGUUGGAAAACUUUCAGUUCCGGCUCAGAUCUCAUUCGGCAUCAGAUGAGCCACACAGGGGAGAAGCCCUUCAAAUGUAAGGAAUGUGGCAAAGCUUUCAAGUCCAGCUAUGACUGUAUCGUACAUGAGAAAAAUCACAUUGGCGAAGGGCCCUAUGAGUGUAAGGAGUGUGGCAAAGGCCUGAGUUCCAACACAGCCUUGACUCAGCAUCAGAGGAUCCACACGGGGGAGAAACCCUAUGAGUGUAAGGAGUGUGGCAAGGCUUUUCGUAGGAGCGCAGCCUAUCUUCAGCAUCAGAGGCUGCACACCGGGGAGAAACUCUAUAAGUGUAAGGAAUGUUGGAAAGCUUUUGGGUGUAGGUCACUUUUUAUCGUCCACCAGAGAAUUCACACUGGGGAGAAACCCUACCAGUGUAAGGAGUGUGGCAAGGCAUUCACCCAGAAGAUCGCCUCCAUUCAGCAUCAGAGAGUUCACACUGGAGAGAAGCCGUAUGAGUGUAAGGUAUGUGGGAAAGCCUUCAAGUGGUAUGGCAGUUUUGUUCAGCAUCAGAAAUUGCACCCCAUGGAGAAGAAGCCUUCCAAGGCUCUUGGGCUGUCCCUGAUGAGUCCCCAGGGCCCCUCUGCAGAUUUAGCUCCGAUACCUCUUCAGGGCCCCUGCUCUGCUCCAGCCAUGGCUGUGCCCUCGCUGGCCUUCCCACACGCCGUCCUCAUUCCUACCUCCAGACCCGUAUUCAUGCUGCUGCCCGCCUCUACAGUACCUUCUUCUCCUGUCCAAAUAGUACGAGUCUUCCAGGGUCUUCCUCCCACUGUGAGGCCAUCCCCAGUUGUCCUCACCCCUCGUGAGCUCUAUCUUGGCACUUCUCUGGCUAUUACAUGCAGCAGAUCAAACUGGAGUUUGAUUUGUGGUUUGUACACUAUACAUGUGUAACAAGUGUUUGAGCAUAAACUCCAUUGUAAUCUAAAUCUUUUGAAGACUGUGUUUAUGUAAUAUAUUCUGUUUUCUUCUGAGUAGAAAUUGGAAAUACGACCUUCAUAUUGGCUCCUUUCAGGCUUGAACAGUAACGGCUAUGUCUGCAUUCUGGGGAUGCUGGUAUUUGAAGUACUGGUAGGAUGUGGUGAAUUAGCAUUUGAGGGAGAGGACAUGCCAAGGUGAAUUGGGGACAUUUGAGGGAGAGGACGUCCCUGUCUUAGGCCCCUAUGAUUAGAGAGAAGCAGCCUGGGAGAAAUGGAGGAGGCAUUUAAGAUCUGCCAGAAUUGAGAAUUGGAAAAAGGCUCCAAUAUAGCCUUUAGAAAUGAAUACAGAUGGUUCAGUGGGUGAGGGUGUGGUUUAGUCAUGCACUUGAAGUGGGGUUGCCCUUGACACAGAUCAGUGAGGAUCUCAUAGGUCUCUGCAAAAGAUCAUGUGAUAUAACCAGUUUAAAAAAAAUGUAUGAAGGGGUAACACUCAUGCAUAUGAUUUACAUGAUUGAUAGCAGUCAUGUUUUUAAACAUAAAGUUUGUGGUGUUCCCUGGUGGCUUAGUGGGUUAAGGAUCCAGUGUUGUCAUUGCUGUGGCUCUAGUUGCUGCUGCUGUUGUGAGGGUUCAGUCCCUGGUCCAGGAACUCCCACAUUGCCAUUGGCACAGCCAAAAAGGGAAAAAAAGUAAUUUUUUUCUUUAUCUUUGAUUUUGCUUUUGAUAUCUAGAUGUUUCCUUUUAACUUUGGUUUCCUAAGUAAAUACACACCAGGGCAUUUAUCUUUGUUCCAUCCAUUGUGUAAAUUUUUCUUGGUGGGCAUUCUGAUUUCCUGCCUGCAAACACUGGCUUCUGCAUUUAAUUUUCUCCACAUAGCAUAAAUUGUAAAUAUGAAUUUGGCAGAUUACUAAAGAAAACAGAGCAACAGAUUUGGGCAAUAUUUGAAUAAGCCUCCAAAACUGUUUUUUUUUUUUUUUUUUUUUUUUUAAGAAUAAAGCAGGUUGUGUGAUGGGUCAGCGACUAAGCUUACCUGAUAGGUUAGUGAAGUUAAAUUUUGGAUUGCCCUUGCUUUUGACCUUAGGUGAGGAUCUUUUUAACUAUGCAAAGGGCUAUGUGAAGUGAUUCCUGUAAAAAAAACUUGAGUUAUGCAUUACAGACAGAGCUUGUUUCAUUGCACUUCACUUUAUUUGCUUCCCAGAUGUGUUUUUGUUUUGUUUUGUUUUGUUUCUACAAAUUCAAGGUUUUUAACAACACUGUAUUGCUGGACAAUGGCUAGGGUUUUUUAGCAAUAAAGUAUUUUUUUAAGGCAUAUACUUUUUUUUAAGACAUCAUGCCAUUACACAGAUGAUAGUGUAAAUAGAACUUUUAUAUGCACUGGGAAACCAUAAAAAUCUGUGGGACUCACUCCCUUGCUAUAUUUGCUUUAUUGUGGUGGCCUAGAAUUGAACCCACAAAAUCUCCGAGGUGUGCCUGUAUUACCAUUAAUAUAAAGUAAAUUCUUAAACAUUGAUGGAAGGGGCCGUACAUUUUCUUAAAGGUGAUUUUGCUUUCUACAUGUUUCUCCAUUUCAGUUAACAGAAAGCUUUUAAAUGAGUGGUUCUUUACCAUGUGUCUGAAUAACCUAGUGUAAACAGAGUCAUUUUCUGGCCUAACUUGCAAAGAUUCUGAUUUUGGAGAUCUAUGGUGUUACCUAGAUCUUUAAUGUGGACCACACUUGGAGAGAGGAGCCUUGAGCAGAAAAUGCCUGGAGGCUGUUUGGGUGUGAGCAUUGAUACAGGGCUUGCCCUAUUUUACAGUGGUCUUUAGGAGAGAGAGCUGUAAAAAUAGUUUGGGUGGUGUCAGUUUAGAAGAAGAAAGAAAAGUAAAAUGCCUAUAGGGAAAAAAAGAAAGGGGCAAAGAGAUCUGAUGAGGCCUAUGAAGAGUUCUUGAGGUCUCCAGUGCCAGAAGGUUCGUGGGGAUUGACAUUGGCUACGUUUUGUUGUUUUUGCUAUUUAUUUGCAUGUUGCCUGAAAGAAUAAGGAAAAAUUUUUUCUUAUAUAAAGUAAACACAGUUUACAGUAGCUCUUGAGUUAAAGGACGCUGCAUAUGGCUUAGAACUGGUUGAACAGCAGUAAGAGCAGGUCAUAGCAGGUCUAUGGGUUGUGGCAAAAGGAGUACCCAGCGCAAUAUUUUCAGUGUUGAAUACAUUCUUUCUUUCUUAUUUAUGGAGUUCUCAGUCUAGGAGUCAGGUCUGAGCUGCAGUUUUGACUUAUACCACAGUGUGGCAAUGCCAGAUCCUUUAACCCACUGUGCCAGGCCAGGGAUCAAACCUGCGUCCUGGUGCUUCAGAGACACUGCCAAUCCCAUUGCAUUACAGCGGGAACUUCUUGAAUGCAUUGUUUAGAAAGUAAUUUGGAAGGCUUGCAAUUCAGAAAGUUGGGUGUGGUGUUGGUGAUGGGAAACGAAACAAUUAAGCAAAAGUAAAAGACCAAAGGAAAAAACCCCACAUAAACUUUGCAAGAAUAAGUUAUACAUUGGAGUUUGGUAAAAAUAGCAGUUGAACAUGUUAGCACACACACAUUCCUGGAACUUCACUAAAACAGUAAUAAAGACGUUAAAAAUUGAGAGGCAUAAAUUUGCAAGGACAAUGAAAAUAAGCUGAUGAUAACAUUUUGGAAGCUUGAAAGCAGGUGAGAGUUGUGACUUUUAGCAGAACUGAGGAAGGUGGAUCCUGAGCCACAUUUGAGGGAAGCUGAGCAGCCCUCCAGUGUGGCAGAAUUCCCAGAAAGGCGUAAGAAUUGGGGAUUCAGAUACCCCUGGAAAUAGAGGAUGCUGGUAGGGUGAAGAACAGGAAAAUGGGCUAUAAGACUUUAAGAAGCACUUAGAUUCCCACUCUUCUCUGAAGCAGUAUAGCAAGAAUUUGGGGUGUCGGGGAGCCACAUUGAAUGUUAGGUCCUUCUCUGUUAUGUUCUACCUUCUACCCCUGGUUCUACCCAGAACCUCCCAACUAGAUUCAUGUACUUUCUAGGCUGGAAAUCAGAACUUUGGGAGAUCUGAUCAAUUCAAGAGAAGAGACCAAUGAGACUGACAUCUUAGAUUUUUCAUCACAUAAAUGGCUCAACACAGAAACUCCCCCUGUGCACAGAGAGCUUCAUUCUUUUUUCUUCAUUCUUUAUUCUCUUGCUUUGUCGUGUUCACUCGAUAAAACACAAGCUCUGAUUAAACAUAGCUCUUUGCCUCCUAUAUGCCUGCAUCCAUGCUACCAAAAGUAGCAUGGGGAAAAAGCACACUGCCCUGCAGAAUUAUCUCCCUUUAUGUUUAAGACCAGUAACUUCAAGUAGGCCCGUCAUGCUUCCCGACAGACAUACUGGGCCCCCUUCACGCCCCACUUUUGUAAACUGCUGCUCUGUACCUUUUAUCUCUCUCCUUUACUUUUUUAUUUUUUAUUUUUAUUUUUUUAUGGCCAUACCUGCAGCAUAUGGAAUUUUCCAGGGUAGAGGAUGAAUCAGAGCUGCAGCUGCUGGCCUACACCAGAGCUUACAAUAAUGCGGGAUCCUUAACCCACUGAGUGAGGCCAGGGAUUGAACCUGCAUCUUCAUGGACACUAUUGGGUUCUUAACCCACUGAGCCACAAUAGGAACUCCCCUUCUCUCUUCUUAAACCUCCAGUAUCUCCAGUCCUCACCACACUGAUUGAUUUUGCCCUUUGCUGGGAUAACUAAGGUCCAGAGAGCAGCUGUGCCCUCAGCCUGGAUACCAGAAUAAGACACAAUUCUACCUCUUCUGUUCUGAGGAGCAGAGUAUUUGUACAAUCUUUUUUUUUUUUUUUUUUUUUUUUUUUUGUCUUUUUGUCUUUUCUAGGGCUAUGCCUGCAGCACAUGGAGGUUCCCAGGCUAGGGGUCCAACUGGAGCUGUUGCCGCCGGCCUACGCCAGAGCCAUGGCAACUCGGGAUCCAAGCCGCGUCUGAGACCUACACCACAACUCACAGCAACGCCAGAUCCUUAACCCACUGAGCGAGGUCAGGGAUCGAACCCGAAACCUCAUGGUUCCUAGUCGGACUUGUUAACCACUGCGCCAUGAGAGGAACUCCUAUUUGUACCAUCUUAAAUGUUUCUCCAGGAGAAGUUAACUAGGAUGCAGGAGAAAUCACAGAAACUCUCUACAAGUUGUACAGCACCUUGGCUGGAUUAUCAAAAUGAACACCUCCAGUGAGGGGCAUUUGGAAAUUGUGUCCUUCAUACAUGUGACCUGAGAAAGGUAUGUCACUUACAAGUGUCUUAGAGAUGAUUAUUCCGAAUCUAACCAUGAGUUAUUCACCAGGCAAACCCCGCGUGGAGUAUAUUCUAUUCAAAAAGGAAUUUCCAGGAGUUCCCUGGUGGCCUUGCAAUUAAGGAUUUGGCAUGGUCCUUACUGUGGCUCAGGUUCGAUCCCUGGCCUGAGAACUUCUGCAUGCUGUGGGUGUGACCUGAAAAAAUAACAAGAAACAAAAUGAGUUUCCUUGUGCUUUUACAAAUGUAAAUGUCAUAAAAGACAGAGACUGAGACAAGAUAUUCCAAGCUAGGGGUGACUAAAAGAUUAUGACAACUAAAUGCUGUAUUUGGCUGGAUCCCUUACUAGAGGGAAAGAAAUUAGUAAUACAAAACAAAGCAGAUUACAAAAAAAAAAAAAAAAAAAAAAAAAAAUUCCAGGCAGUUAUGAAGUACAGGAGAAGCAACAAGUUGAAUAGGAAAAUGUGAUUAUAAAACACUUAUCAGGUAACAGUCUUUACAGUCAUGAUAAAUCACUAUUUUUUAUAACCAGAAUCUGUGAUAUAAAUCUAUUGAGAGAAUGAUGGAGCAUAGUGAGAUGUAAGAACUAUAUCCGCAACAAUUACAACCCGAACUCAAUAGACUCAACAGAGUCUAUCUAAAAUUAUUAACUCCUUGAAGAGCAAUAUAAGCAUAUGUGGCAGAUCCCAUUGGUUAUCUGUGAAACAGCCAGCCUCUUUCUUCAGAUUUUGUUCAGCAUUUCCUCCUUCUAUUGGCUGUGAAUGGCAGGGGACAUCUCCCCUCAGGAGGUUACUCUGAAAGUUUGUGCUGAGCUGGGCUGGGGCCCAGUACCUGGGCCUGGAAAAACCACCCCUUGCCUGACUGAGACUUAAGUUAUUCUUGGGCCCUGGAGCUUUUGGGUUGGUUUGUCUUGUGCUAAUAAAAGGGUAGAUAAUUUAAAAAAUUUUGUCUUGUAAAAUGUCCCCCAAUCUUGAUGUAUUUGGUUGGUUACUUCCUCUGGGUAUUGACCUGUUCCUCUUUUCUCUGUAUUUGCUGUAUCCUAGAAGUUUGUCUAGGAAGUUUGAUUAGGUUCUGGCACAUAUUUCCAGCAAAAAUGUGUCAUGGUGAUGUUGUAUCUUUCGUAUUGCAUUUCAGACGGUACUUAAUGCUAAGACACCCUGCUGUUAAAUGAUGCUAAGCUUGAUUGCUUGGUUAAGGUGGUGACCAUUAGACCUUUCUAUUGGAAAGGUCCCUUUCUGUUUGAAAUCACAAUGGACUCUAUGGCAGGAUACUUUAGCAUCAUGCUAGGUUUUUUUUUUUUUUUUUUUUUUACUACCCCACAAUCUUUUGUCUAAUGGUUUUUAACAUCCAUUAAUGAUUUUUGCUGAAACUGAUCAUUGGAGAUUGUGAGAGAGUACUUUUGCAAUUGUCAUUUUUUCUAUGUUUAUUAGUCUGUAUUCUUCCAUAAAGAUCUUUUUAUCCUCUUUAUUCUAUCACUAUGGACUUCUGUAUUUUUAGGAAAAAAAUGCCAUUCAAUAUAUUAUAAUCAAUUAUAGUUCUUCUUCUUAUUAAUUUUUCCCACCUUUGGCUACUGGAAUGGCCAAUUUUCCCUUUCAGUCUGGCUCCUAGGUCCUCUGGCCAUGUCCUGAUUAGUCUUUGAUCAUAUUUGUGUUUUCUGGCUGAUACUUCCCAUCCCUAUCCCUGAAAUCAAUCGGUUCUCCAAGGAGCCAUGGUGUGGGGAAUAAUAUUUAUUUAUUUAUUUUCUUUUUUGGCUACCCCACGACACAUGGAGUUCUCAGCCUAGGGAUCAGAUCUCCGUUGCAGUUGCCACCUACACGGCAGCUGCAGCAGUGGCAGAUCCUUUAACCCACUGUGCCAGGCCAGGGAUUGAACCUGUGUCCUGGCACUGCAGAGCUGCCGCCGAUCCUGUUGCGCCACAGCAGGAACUCCAGGAAUAAUAUUUAGAAGCUUCUGAGAGCUGGGACCCAGAUGUCUUGUGUGAGUUUGAACUCUAGUUCAUGAUGGAGGGGCUGUUGGACUUUUUUCUGGCUUUCCAACUCUCUUCAUGCGGAAACCCAUACUGUGUGAUAAUACAGAUCUCUGUGAUCUCGGUGCUGAAAGAUGGUGAUCAGGAGGCAUCCAUUGUUGAUUCUCAUUUGACCUUGUAGCCAUCAUGUUUUUUUGUUUUUGUUUUUGUUUUGUUUUUAGUAUAAGAAAAGAUUAAAUAAUCUGUGAUUGGCUGACAUGCCUAAUUCAUACAGCCAUCUCAUUCCAAAUAACUGACAGCGUGCCUGACGUAUGGAAGGUUUUCAAUAAGAGCUUUUUGAAGGAAUAAAUUACUAAAGCGCCU